AUGCAAUUACUUUGUGCUCAACAACAGUUGACUAAUUUAAUUAAAAGGAAAGCAGCUAUUCUGUAUAAUAGACUAAUUAGACUUCCUUAUAAUUCAUAUUGGCGAGAAUACGACUGUGGCAAGACUCGUAAUAUGAAGACUCAAAAAGGCUUCAUCCAGUGUGUUCGUGAAAAUACCCAAUAUAAUGUAGUCAGCAAUGCGCCAUACGAACUGCUGUUAUUAGCAAAUCCAUUAGAAUAUAUGAUUCUCGAGGUCAGAUUGGACACAGUUUUGAAUGUAUGGAAACGUGACGCCAGUCCUAAUGCACUCCGUGCUGUUGCUUUGAAAACCAUCAAUAUCCGUUUUCCCCUUGAUGAAUGGCGUCACAUUUACACUGACGGAUCUUUCUUGGAUUUCUCGCAGGGUGCUGGCGCUGGUAUUUUUAGUGAUAACUUUUCUUUUUAUCUACAUGCUGGGCCCCUUUCCACUCACUUUGAUGAAGAGCUCAAAGCCAUCCAUGUUGCUCUCUAA